GCUUGAUCCUUUGAAUUGGGUCAUUGUACACAAGGAUGGACAUUGUCAUGGGAACGCGGAUGCGCUUUCUCGCCGCCCUGAGUCGUCCAGCCUGAGUGAGGCGGAGCCGAGUGGAAAGGGAGUACUGGAUGUGAAUGUGGGCUAUGCAGCAUGCUGACCCUGAUAUUUUGACUGUGUUAGGCUGGGUGGCUCAAUCCAUAAGACCGCCCAGGCGGAGGUUACAGGGAGCUUCUUGGCGCUUACGUAAGUUCUGGACUGAAUUUAAUCAUCUUUCUAUUAUUGAUGGACUGUUAUGCCGUUCAGUUUUCUGCCCACACACGGGUAAACCAGUGGUUCAAAUGGUUGUUCCCUCUGCUCUGGUAUCUGACAUUCUUUUACAGCUGCAUGGUGCACCAGCUUCUGCCCAUUUCUCUUCUGAACGGGUGUGGGAACGGGCGAGACAAUUUUGUUACUGGCCUUCCAUGUACAAGGAUAUCAAAGCAUGGUGUGAGCAGUGCAAGGCAUGUCAGACGCGGCGUAGUCCUGUUCCAGCCCACCGUGCGCCGAUGGGUGGUUCUCAGUCAGUGCGACCAUUUGAAAGAGUGGCUAUGGACAUCUUGGAGCUGCCUGCCACUUCGAAAGGUAACCGGUAUGUGCUGGUCGUCGAGGACUAUUUCACCAAAUUUGUCAAUUUGUAUGCUUUACCUAACCAGUCUGCACAGACGGUGGCACAAUGUCUGUUUGAGGACUAUGUUCUGCUUCAUGGCGUACCAGAGACUUUGCACUCAGAUCAAGGUCGUCAGUUUGAGGCGGAAGUGGUUCAGACACUCUGCCGUCUUUUGAACAUUAAAAAGACUCGCACCACACCUUACCACCCGAAAUCAGACAGCAUGGUUGAGCGCUUUAAUCGGACUCUGAUUGAUCAACUGACAGCAGUGACACAUGGCGAGUUUGUUCUUUCACUGCUGAUGAAACUGGACUCUGCCUUUAGCAGUGCGUGGAUGCAUAGUGAGGCAGCUCAUGACCGUCAGAAAUUGUACCAUGACGUUUCCUUGCAUCACCAACCUUAUGGUGUAGGUGCCAUGGUGUGGCUCCACAACCCGGUGGAGAGUCGCAUGAAGCUGGCACCCCAUUGGAAGGGACCUUAUAAAGUGGUGCAGGUCAUGGAUUCAGGUGGUGAACCUGGACUGACUUACCGGAUUGUUAACCCCUUUGACAAUGCUGAGAGGGCUCAAGUAGUGCAUUAUGACAGGUGGAUCAUCUGGGAGCACUGGUUGGAUUUCACCAUUUUGGGUGAACCUUUUGGGGUUAAAGUGGGCCUGCACCCGUGGCCUCCUCACAGAUUGUUUCCACAGAGGGUUCAUGCCAACAAACUGGCAAAGCACACAGACUUAAUAGAGAACCACAGAAAGCGUAAGUCUUCUGCUGACACUCUUGUGAAAAAUGCAAAAAUCACAGCCUUCGCUGCCCCAUGGCGGGUAACACAGGCAACGCUUGACAAGCUGGUGCUAAAUUUUGUAUGUGAGGCCAACCAACCAUUUUCUGUGGUUCCAAGUCAUCCUUCAAGACUUUGA